CUGUACUGUUAAGGAAAGCAUUAGACGUCAGGUAGCGCGUGCAGGUAACAAUUAGUGUUAACCGCGCGAGUUCUUUUCUUCUAUUCCAGUCAGAGGAAAAAUGGAAAUUGGAAACAUGUUUGGAUACAUAAUAGUCGCUUUCCUUUGGAUUUUAACUGUGAACCAGACAAACGCUAGACAUGUUCCUCUGGCAAGCCAACGUAACAGUGCACAAUCUCGACCACGCCUUCUCGUCAUAAGACCACCAGAAGGAAGCGGACAGCCUAAGCGAAUUGUUGUUCUCGCCAACCAAAGACCCCAACCAACAAAUCCGUCGCCACCUUUAUCAACGGCUAUAUCGGCUCUUCAAGAAACGGCCGCUGUUGCCCAAGCAAAUCUCAACAGAGCAUUUGGUGGUCAUCCACAGUCAGCGUUUCGUCAGCAGUCGAGUUCGAGUUCAUCUAGCAGCAGUGGUUCUUCAAGCUCUUCAGCGUCAAGUGGAACUCGAAGUCUCAGAAAUAUUCUACAGGGCAUGCGCAGAUCGGGACCAUCUACGUCAUCAAAUAUAGCUCAUAUGUCUGAGACUAUUCCAAGGGCAAUGCCUCCUGUUCUUCCACCGACAAAAAGAUUUGGUGAACUCAAUAUACCAAGUGUGAUAGAAGCGGCUCUGAGACGCUUACAAGAGAGGGCAAGGCUUCAGGGAAAUGUUAGGAACAACAAUGUUCUACCGAGACACAAUUUUCGUAUGACUCCCACCACCAGAAGACCACACCAGCAUCAUGACCGUUCUCCUUUUAGUGGCGGUGUAAUUGAUCUUUCCAGACUGUCACUAAAUGAAAGAAGCAAUCGCAAUGAUGGUACUUCCUCUGGCAAUUCUGGAUCUUCCGGCGCAAACUCAAAUCCCCGUUGGGAUAUUGGAACCAUUCUUUCGACGAGCACGUUAGGUCGGAAUGGGGUGUCUCCACUAUCGAGUUCAUGGAAUAAUAGUCCAUCGGACAUGAGUGCAAAUGGAAUCGGACAAAAUCUCAAUGGAAAUGGACCGUUUUUGAAAAAUAACGACUUACUACAAAUGCCUACCGACACUCGUUCGCUGCCAUCAUCUUCUGUGGGUCGAACAGGUUCAAAUCUUAGAACAUUUCAGGAUAAAACGUUCGAUAAGGCUGCAGGACGUAACCGAGGUACCUCCUCAAAGCCUACACUAGAUAUCCAGACUUUACUUUCGGAUCCAUGGACGUCGCAGAACUCUUUCAUGCCAGCACAAAAUUCAAAUAAUGUAGCAACUGGAGGAGUGGGUUCAACAUUUGAACCAAGUGGAAGAAAUAAUGGAACAAACAAUUCACAGCCAAGCCCACCUCAGUAUCAAGGCCAAGGGCAGUCUCCCAAAGCAAAUUUCGACGUGCCGAUACCAGCACCAUCAAGAAUUGCUGAUUUCCAAUCUCCUUCAGGAUCUGUAACGACGAAGCCAGCAACACCUAAUGCACCAGACAAAGUGCCAAAAAUGCCAUCUGUUCCAGCUGCCGCCGUCAGCCUCAACGCUUCUGCAAAGGUAUCAACGUCUUCUGCAGAGGCUAAUAGUACUUCAAAUCAAACAAGUACAAAAUCAGUUAAGACGAAAACGAUAAAAGUUACAACCGUUGUAAAAGGUGGAACAAAAGCCGGUGUUUCAGCGGCCGCGGCGAGUCAAGCAAACAUUGCAAACGCUGUAGCACAAGGAAAACAAAUAAGCGGACCGGCUUUAGAAAAGAUUGCUAAAUCCGCAGCAGGUGUGACCAGAACUAAUACUGCAUCAAGUAAAAAGCCGGCAGCAGGUUCAAUAACAGUAAGGCGACAGCCGAAUGGUAAUUCAAUAAUAACGUUAUCAGAUGGCCAGGGCGAACCUGUUGUUUUAAGUGCAUCAGGACCCGUGAAAAUCGAACGCAUUGUUAAACCAAACGGUCGUAUUCAAUUUCUAAUAAACCCGGUGCAAAGUACACAAACUACGAUAAAUCCAGCAGCAGAUGGAGAAAUUGAACCCGAAGAUAUAACAACGACCGUUCUAACGCCUACACAGGCCAGUCUUGCUGUCUUCGGAUUCACGGACGCCACGUGGACGACUAACGCCCCGUUUUAUACAGAUUCUGUUUUAAGCAAAAGUUCGCCGACUGCACCUGAGACUGGCCCCACAAAAAUAGAGAAAACUAUACAAAUUACAGACACCGCAGUUGCAGAUACUGCUUCCGCGUCGGUAAACACAUCUGUAAAAAAUGCUACAGCCGAUGUAAACGUGAAAAGUAAAGGUUUAAUGCAAUUGUUCAAAACGCCAAAUAUACCUCGACCGCCGAAAGUGUCGGAUAUGAAUUUAGGAAAUGCAGGAAUAGUUAAUCCUCUUUUAGCUAAUAACCAAAAGUUUAUGAUAAAUCCACAAACGAAAAAUGUUCCACCACCUUCAGAUGUUUCGCCAGUAUCAAACAAAUACAUUUCCUCGACAGUUAGACCUACACUUCAGACAAAUAAUGGUAUACAACCUUUAGACUUUUUCCCAAGCACUGCUAAUCAAAAGCAUCAGCAAACUCAAAAACAUUCGGAUGUCAUGCCACAAUACAAUUUAUUAGGUGUUUCUCCUUUAACAUUUGCACCGUAAAGAAACCUGUUGCCUUGAAAACUGAAAAAUGCAAACACUGAUUCUUGCAAUGUUUGUGAAAACAUAUCAGUGAGAACUAUUCAAGACUCUUUAACCCAAUGGCUGCCCAGCUUUGAACUUGGAAUACUGGUCAGUAUCAAGUUGUGCUAUACCAUUGAGUUUGUUCACAGUAUUAAACGAAGCAGGAAAGCAGGUUGCCGUCGAAUAUGUAAACGGAGGGAGAUAUAGAAAGAAUGUGAUAGGACAUGACGAUGAACAGGCGUGAUAUCAAUCAUUAUUUCGAUGUGUUGCUCCAGGAUAUUGCGUAAUGAUUUAUAAAUGGUAUCUCCAGAAUGGUCUACCAGAUACAGAGACAAAACUAGUGCAGGCAGGUUUCCUUAGUCCCAGCUUAUAUUUUCGUAAAAUUUAAUGCUUUCGCUUACAUAUUUAUUUAUAUUGAACAAAAAUCAAAUCUGUUCUUUUCAAGGCUGCUUGUGAACGACCAAAAUAUGCCGAAGCAAUACUGAUUAUCUUAGCAUCGAGUAUUAAAUAUGACAAUUAUUGUAUAGGUUUAUUAAAGAAAAGCUGCGACAUUAAGGAGUGUUCCUAUUGUUGACUAGUAUGAAUAGUGUAACAGUUCUUACGCAAGGUUGUAACGAAAUUGAUUGUUUAUUCUAACACGACCCGAUUCAUUUCCCCCCCGCAAACAAAAAAGACUAAAACUGUGUGAUAUUAUGCAACGCAUUUACUGUUUAUACGCCACAAUUAUUAUUAUUAACGUCGUAGCAUCAAUUGUCAUAGCGGCACGUUAGAAAAAAGAACCACAAAAAAAUUAUUGCGGUUCUUCAAAGAUGCAGAUGAUAAUUCUUUAUAAAGUGUUAGAAUCAAAGUAAUUUAUCUCAAGUAGUGGUUUGGCCUUGAAUAAAAUCAUUGUUUGUCAUGAAGAUGCGUAUUAUUUUUUCAUACGAGCUUGGUCCCCGUGAAAUAGUUCCUUCACAUCUGAACAAUGAUUUUAUUAAAUGGAAAAUUACUGUUUGGGAUAUAUUAUUUCUUGAUUGACACUUGAAAUGUUUUGAAUACAGUACCAUAAACGGUUUUAUUUAGAAUAUACUCAGUUCCAAAAGAAAGUAUGCACUUUUUAAGUUUAAAUAUUUCAAAAAAUUCCCCGACGUUUUUGUUUCAUUUUUUCAUACACUAACUCUCAGGUAUAACUCAAAAUCUAAAAUGUACACCAAUUUGUUUACGAACUGAUUUAAAUUUUGGUACCAAACAUUAUAAGUUUUCAUGAAAAUAACCGAGAAAAAAUAACAGAAAUUUAAGUGCACACUUUCUUUUGGAAUUGAGUGUAUACUUUGUAGGAACUCAUGGAAAAGAAAGAAAAGUUAUAAAUUCAUGGUUUAUUUUGACAGGCUGAUUAAAUAGUUUCAUACUAAUUAUUUAGAUACAUUUCUCUUUGUAUUAGACAGAUAAAACUAAAUUCAGCAAUUCAUCAAACAUUUGUAGAUAUACAACAUGUAUCAUGCACAAAAUAGCAUGUGCUUCAACUGUAAAAGCAACUACAUCAACGUAACGACCACAACAAUAAAAAUGUACAUUGAAAAUACAGUACUGAAUUACAAUGUAACUUGAUCUGCUUUGAGAGGCAGAUGGAGUCAAAUUUUGUGAACUUUCGAAGAAAGAACAUAUCCUUGUUUCAUUACGCCUUAUCAUACUGUAUAUUGGUAACUUAAAUACACCAUAUUGAAGAAAACGGCCUACAUUUCCAACAAUUCAUGACAGUAAUAAAAGAAUAUACAUUACCAAUUACCUGUCACAUCCCUUCUUUUAAAAAUGUAUAAGUUAAAAUGAUUAAUGGAUAUAUACUUGCGGUCUAAUGAAUUGAAGGUAUCAAAAUAUAUUAUUUAGUGAUUAAUCACAUUUUAAAGCUACUUGCAAACAGUAUGGACGGACAAAAUGAUACUGUCAUUUUUGCAUAUUUUGAUAAGUCAAGUUAUACAAGACAGUACCAUCUGGUUACCUUACUAUUUCAUUUAUAUGGCAAGUAACGGAAAAUUAGCAGGUGGAUUCUAGAAUACCUGACUAUAGAAAAAGACAUGCAUCUUUACUGAAAUAAUGGCAUAGCUCCCGAGUACCUCAAAGGUCUACU